GAAUAAUUACUAAGCUAUAUCACCCUUUCGUUUAACUACCUCCCUUGUCAUUCUUUUAGUUUGAAUAAUCACAGCAUAAGAAAAUGUCUUCGUCUUCCCGUAGUGAAACACCUCCACCAUUACAUCGAAUAACUAGUGACGAUGAACUCAUUAACAAUAUCCUUCCUUCAUAUCACAUGUUUGCAUCCACGGUAUCCAAGAACCUUGUCCCUACCAACGAAAACUACCGUAUUGACCCUCCAAUGUAUGAAAUGACCCCAGUUACAUCUACCACACCAUCACUUUUACCUACCCAUUCCCUUGAUAACAGUUUGGAUGACUACUACCCACGAAAUAGUGACGAAGAAAAUCACUUGGAAGGAGGUUCAUCAGGCGAAUAUAAUCAACAAUCGGCUGAUAUAUGGAAAAACAAUAUCUUGAACAAUGUCGACAAAUUACCCAACUUAACUCACUCCAAGGGAUACAUCUCGGACAACCUUAAAGUUGAAAUCACUGUGACUGAAAAAGUGUGCCAAAAGGGUAUAAAACCGGAGAUAAUCGAUCCAUUGCAAAAGGAGUAUAUUUCAGGAGACUACGUACAUGGAUACGUCACCAUUCGUAACACCAGUGACAAACCAAUCCCAUUCGAUAUGGUAUACGUUGUGUUUGAAGGAUCAGUUACUGUGCUUGACUACACUAAUGGUUUACUUAAUCUUGAAGCUGAACCACUCACACGAUUCAAGUUCUUGAAUAUGUUGGAUUUGUUCGCCAGUUGGUCCUAUGCCAAUAUUGACCGGUUGAUCACCGAUAAUGGAGACCCUUAUGAUUGGUGUGAUGGAGAAAUCGACCCCUAUGACAACACAUUGCUUGCCAUUGACGUGAAACGAUUAUUCCAGCCUAAUGUCACGUAUAAACGAUACUUUACAUUUAGAGUCCCUGAGAAGUUGUUGGAUAAUACCUGUGAAGAACAUAGUUUGAAUUUACACUGCGAGUUACCACCCACGCUCGGAAUAGACAGGAAUGCAGUGACGCCAUUACAAUUGCUUACCAACAAGAAUUUGCUGGUUAAGGAUCUCGCCAUAAUCGAUACUAAUGUGAGUUAUAGUAUUGAUGCCAGAGUUAUUGGAAAGGCAUCAGACUACAGUUAUAAAGUUGAUCGAGAUCAGUAUCUUGUUGCGAAAAAGGCAAGCUGUCCUAUCAGAGUUAUCCCACAGAGUAAUUUUGAACGAUUUGAUAAUUAUAAACUAUUGCUGGAGGAAUGUCAAAUAUAUUUCAAGGCAUUUGUUGAUCAAGUAAUCAACAAGAUUGAAUAUGGGUACGAAUUAUUAAACAUCAACAUGAAAUUAAACAAUGAUUUACUUUCUCCACAAGUAACCAAUGACAGUACCGAUGAGAGUAAGUUACGACAAUUAUAUCAUUCAGCUGACUCGUCCUCAUUCCACCAUGACCAUGACGCCAAGAAUUGUGUAGAACAAGAAACAUAUCAAUACAUGACUACAUCGAAAAAGAAAACCAUCACUGGAGUAAGUAAGCAUCUUGGAAUAGUAUCCCUUUCAACACCAAAGACGAUUUAUUCCGCCAACUAUAUCAAGCCUUCCAGGUUUGGCAAGUCAACCUUCAAUAACCAGAUAAAGAUCCCACUUGAGAUAAACUACAACGCAGAAGCGUCUUCUUCGUCCACACUUCCUCAGGUUAAGUCCGUGAACGUCGAACUUGUUUCAUUAACCAUCAGAUCCAAGAAACAUCCAAUUCCUAUAGAGUUCACUCCAGAGAUGUGUUUCCCAGAAAAGCACAUUGACUAUAAAGGUGGGAAUGGCUUAGUCCCCAAUUUUGACAAUAUAAUAAUAAAGCAGUUCCACGUAUAUUUGACGUCAUUCCAUAAACUAAUCAAAGAAUUAGGAAACGAUAUAAUCAAAAUAGAAACGCAACUAUACAAAGACGUGAAAUCACUUGCAUCCCUUGGCACGAAAUACAUCAAUUUACAAAUUCCUGAUGUCACAUACAUGAUGCGCGAUGACCAGGGAACAAGCACGGGCUCGUAUCCUAGUGUGAAAACCAUCCCUUGGAAACAGCAAGAUGCAUUUUCAUACACUAUGAAGUUUGAAGUUAAUGUGAACUUGAAUAGUUCGUGUCUCAAGGGUAAUUCGGGUGAUUCGGGUGAAAUUACCCUCGUGCCUAGUUUCCAAGGAUGUCUUUUAAGUAGAAUCUAUUAUAUUAGAGUUAGUGUUAAGAUGAGUCGUGGUGAAGUGUUGGUUGUCCAUGUACCAUUAACUAUACAAAAUUAG